AUGAAUGGUUCAACGUUAUCAUCCUCAUCGAGAAGUCGUUACAAACGACGCACAUCUGAAGCAAGUUCAUCGCACAGUGAAACAACUGAUUCUGAGCUGAAUUCUCGUUGUGAAAAUUUGCUGAAAAAUGAUUCUGUACAAAAAUUCGUUGGUCGAUGUCAAUCGGUUUGGCGAACAGAUCUUGAUCAGAUGCCUCCAUUUGAGUGUUUCUCGAAAGACAUUCAUUCAGUCGACGCCAAACGCAAAUUCAUAGAAGAUGUUCGAGUAGGGGAUGAAUUAUGCGUCCGUGUGAAACGUGUCGAAUUGGCAGCUCUCUAUGUUCAACCCUUAUGUGUAUUGCAUCCUUUCAAACGAUCCGCACACCUCAUCAAUGAUUUUCAGGUGUUGGUGGGUCGAAGUGUGCAACAGUGUAGUCGAGAUAUCAGGACGAACGACAUACUGAAAGUGGUGGUCGACGAGCCGGACGACGAUCACCCGCUGAAUUUGCAAAUGGACGAUAGCGCGGUGAGUAGAGCCUUUCGUUUGGGUGCUUGCUUUCUUGAAGAUAUUUUGGAGAUUUUAUCGGAAAAUGAUCUGCCUACGUACUUCAGGAACGCCGAAUCAUUGCAUAAAGGAAGUACAUUCGAAGAUGCCUUAUCUGAAUAUCAUCGUUGCAAUAAUCCAAAUCUAGCGCAUUUAUAUGGCAUCGAAGUUGAUUCAUGCUUAUCGUUUUUACCUGAACUCGAAGGCGUUGAUUUUUCCACACGUUCACGUGCACCGUAUUUACGUCGUAAGCAAGAUGAAGAGUCAUCGAUGCAAAGUGUGAUGAAGGGUGUGGAACGGAUACGAAGCGGUGAAUCUCAACUGGCCAUUCAGAACUUCAAUAAGGCUCUCGCGCUCUUCGACGUCAACAUCGAAGCGCUUGUGGGCCGAGCUGCUGCGAUGGAAGAGUGUAAUAGAAUGGAUGAAGCUAAAGAAAAGUAUGUGAAGGUUUUGAAACUGAAAGACGAUCAACGAGCUCGCGAUCGUUUGAGGCAAUUGCAACGACGAAGUCCUUCAGUUGAGGAGAUUACGGUACCCGAAAAGCAGAGAAAACUGAGUAGCGCAGAGAAGGAAGAACUGAAGAGAAUAGAGCUGGAAAAGAGAGAAACCGAACGACGUCAAAGGCGAGAAGCAGCCGAGAAGCUGGCGGAGAUGGAGAAAUUUAUCGCAGAACUGAAAAGAAGCCAGAAGACGUAG